AUGCCUACAACAAUUUCAGCUAUAAUCAGACACAAUAAAAACCUCAAUAAAUUCAAACUCACCUUACAAGAAGAAACCAAUCUUCACGCCACAACACAGUUUCUUAAGCCGUUUUAUGAAGCCAUUAAUAUUCUUUCUGGUAGCACAUAUAUGACCUUAGGAAUUUCGAUUAUACUAAUCGAAGAUAUUGUCGAUAAUAUUUCAUCAUACAUUCAAAAUUUAGAAAGUUCAGAAUUUCUAAAAACAGCCGCGACUCAGAUGUUUGAAAAAAUGCAAAAAUAUGCUAGCAAAAUUUAUGACAAAACAGCAUUUAUAGCUGCUAUCCUUGACCCUCGAGUUAAACUAGAAUUACUACCUUCUGAUAUGAAUACUGAAGCAAAUUAUACCAUUUUUAAUAAUAUUUUUAGAACAGAAUAUGCUGAACUU